AUGGUUCGAUAUUUAUUAAGUAAGUACAGGGAGACAUGUUGGCACGUGAUGGGAUCCGAUUCCGAACUGGGCUGGUGCUGGAGAUCGGACAAGCACGUAGUAAAAUGGGCCGGCCCAAGUGUCCACUGGGCUUUUCCUUCCUUCCUUCUUCUCCUGCGCAUCCCCACUCCCCAUUUCCGUUUCAACCAAACCCUAACCCUAGCCCACAUCCACUGGGACGGCGACGAGAUGGCGCUCCGCCGCCGCGGUCCGCCGUCGGCGUCGGCGCCGCCUCUGGAGGACGAGAACCUCCUCGGCGAGAUCCUCCUCCGCGUCGCCCCGCUGCCCUCCUCGCUCCUCCGCGCCUCCCUCGUCGCCAAGCAAUGGGAGCGCCUCGCCGCCGCGCCCGCCUUCCACCGCCGCUUCGUCGCCCACCACCGGCAGCCCCCCAUCCUCGGCGUCUUCGGGCAGCAAGGCCGGGAGCUGGUGUUCACCUCCCUCCUCGACGCUCCCGACCGCAUCCCGCGGGAGCGCUUCUCGCUGCGGCCCGGCGACGAGAUCGAUUUCUGGGGUCUGCUCGGGUGCCGCCAUGGACGUGUCCUCUUCAUCAGCACGUUUCGUCGUGCGCUCCUUGUGUUCGACCCCGUCAACGGCGACCGCCUGUGCGUGGCAAUUCCGCUGUAUUUGGAACGGUAUGUCUUUGGUGGAGCUGUGGUCUGCGCCGCCGGCGACGACCAGGGCCACGUGCACGGAGACUGCCAUUCGAGCCCCUUUAAGGUGGUCCUGGUAGGCACCAGAGAGAACCACCCAGCCAUAGCCUGGGUCUACUCCUCCGAGACCGGCAUGUGGAGCAAUCUUGUCUUCACCACAGAACCAUGCGACGGUCUGAUUGACGUCCAUUUCCCCUGUACCCUUGUCGACAAUGUCCUUUAUUGGUGGUUGUAUGGGCAUGACAAUGGCAUACUCGAGUUCGAUCUGCAUACCCAGACACUAGCUGUGACCGAGGGGCCUUCCCCUGUGGACAUCAACUCUAUCAACAGCCGGAUCAUCAGGGGAGAGGAUGGCGGUGUUGGCGUCGCAGUAUUUUCGUAUCUGAGCUUGAAAAUGUGGAAACGCGAGGUCAGUAGUCAGGGUAUUCACACAUGGCUGCUGCAGAAGAUUGUUGUCUUCCACAAGAUCAUUGAUCUUACACAUCAGAUCAAGGCAAGGAAGGAAGCUAUAGUGGGGUACUCAGAGGAUGCUCAUGCGCUUUUUAUAAAGGUGUCUUGCUGUUCAGGACCCCAUACCUUCAUUGUUGAACUUGAGUCAAUGCAGUCCAGGAAAAUUAAUCAAAGUUUUUUGGAGAAUUCAUAUCAUCCGUUUGCAGAUUUUUUCACUGCAGGUACUGUUCGAGCGUGA